GAACUCGGAUUUGGACUGCAUGAAGAGAUAGAUCCAAACAAGCAAAAAUGUUGCAACAAAAUAUUCUAGAUCAGCUAAAGCAAUUUAUAGAAACAGUUAGCAAGGGGCAUAGUAAUCCACAGCUUCUAACGAAACCGUCAUUAAUCAAAGUUGCUCUGAGCUUUCUCGAUGAGCUGCCCGCCACUCGGGACAUCGUUUUUGACUACUUUGGCAUACUGGCCGAGAUCGGAGUGCAGCUGUACGUGUCACCCGAAAUGAUGGAUCAGAAAACUGGGCUGCCGGUAUCGCAAAUAAAGCAGGGAGGCAAUCGACAGCAGCAGAUGCGUGCCGAGGAAUACGAAAGUUUCAACAUGGUUAAAACAUCGCUUCAGAACUUGGUAUUCAAAGGACCGCCCGCUUGGUCACCGCUCAUAGCUAAUUGGAGCCUAGAGCUGGUUGCCAAAUUAUCAGACAAGUACACACAGCGUCGGAUGACCAUACCGGCCUCGUGCAAUUACUGGUUGGAGUGCAGUGCAAUGCAUGGUCUGCUCACGCUGAUCAACAGUUGCUUUCGCAAACUGAGCAAUGCGGAGGCAGAGACAUGUGUGGAGACGAUGCUCAAUGCGUUUCAUCGCUAUCCAAUGACAUUCGACUGGAUUGUGGCGCGGCUUGGCGGUUGUUUUCCCUAUAAGAUAAUCAUGCAAAUACUGCAGUGCGGCAUUAAGCGUUUUGCGGACGAUUAUCGCUGUCAUUUGGACUCUGAGGCGGGCAUCUUGGACUAUAUGACGUCCUGUCAUGAGCAACAAUUGCGCUCAGCGUUUCGGGAAAUGCUGAAAGAUGGCCUGGCACCCAAGAAACAACUCGAUGUGGCCAUAGUGCCUUUUCUGCUGAUAACCACAAAUUACUCCGAUGCCAUACUGCAGAGUUUGGUCAAUGUUUUUAUUGAAAUAUACACCGACGAAAUGUGCGAGACAAUCGUGCAAAAGGCCCCGCUUUGGCUGAGCAACAAAAUGUUUGCGGAUAUGCAGCCGUCUCUGAACAAUGCCGUUCUGCGUCUAAAUCAGCACGGCGCCAAGCUGCUUCUGAUGGUCGCUAAAAUGGCUGAAAAGUAUGUGUGGUGUCAGGACUUUCUGGACACCUCCAUGCAGGAGUUGGAGCAGUGGGUGCUUAACAUGCGCAAUUUUCCCUUGCUUGCCGAUUUGGCUUCUGUGGAGACCAAAUACAUGCUCUGGAAAAGCUGCCUCAGCCCAAAUCUAUUGGAGCAACAGACGGCGGUUCGAUUACUACUCGUCGUGUCCUCACAGCAUCCACAUAUAUAUUAUCAAACCAUUUCACAAUUGCUGCGCAAAUCGUACGCUCAAAAUCCAAGCACCAUUGGUGCCCUAAUGCGCCUGCUUGGUGGCCAAAGCGGUGUGCUCAACUUCCCAAGCAUUACGCAGGGCUUCAAAAUGGUGCUGGAAGAUAUAACACUGCAGGAGCAGGUAAACAAUCGCUUGCCAGUGGAGCCUGGGACUCCCACGGAGGCAUAUAACACAUUUUACAAUCUCAACCUGCUGACCAAAAUGCAGAAGAAAAAUCACUUUCCUCACAUGAAGCCCCUGUUGCUCACGGAAUCAUUGAACGAAUGUCUGCCCAAGAUAAUACAAAUUCUCGACUGUACAAUUCAAAAGUUAGUGCUGAGAAUGGAUAGGGUUGCGGCUGAGCGCUGUGCCGAGAAGUUUAAGAUGCAGCAGGCCAACAACAACAAUUGCGAUACAAUGCAAGACAUGUAUGAUGGCCAUGGCCCCAUUAAGCGCUCCAAAUUGGAAACAAACGAAGUCGCCAGCACAGAGGCAACACAUGAUGCAGCUCGAAUGCGUUUGGCGCAUCUAAUUGUGGAAUUGCUGAACAACAUCGAGGCUGGCUCACGCUGCAAUGUACUGCGAACCCCGCUGGUUCUUAAGUUGGCCGUGCUUAGCGUAAAAUACUUUUUCGUGAGCCUCACAGAACACACGGUGAUCAGUCGUGCAGCAGCCGCCCACCGCGCCUUCGCACUGCUGCAGCGUCAAUGUUCAGCUCGCAAAAUUGCACGCACAGUCUGCUUGCGUGAGUUGGUGGAAAGUGCGCUCUUCUAUCAUGGCCACUUGCUCGGCCAGCUGGAAGAAUACAAAUCAGAUGAACUGCAAAUACCCGAACAUGAGCUGUUAAUAAUGCAAAACUUGCACACCAGCUCCGGAACGAACUCAAAUCGCUCUGCCUUGCAUUCGGGCAUCAUUGGGCGAGGACUGCGUCCUGUGCUGCCCACCAAUAACAGAAGCUGCGAUGCAGAAAAGCAAGCCUUGUAUCUGAAAGCGCUCAACGCAUGCUGCACGGAUCUGGAUAAGCCCAACAACGUUGAAGGCUACUCGCUGGUGUCGCUAACGCUUGUGGAACUGGUUUCAACGGAUGUUAUGUACAAUGGCCUGCCCUUCCCCGACGAGGAAUUCACCCGCGUCACUAUGGAACGGGAUAUGCAAAUACGUCGUGCCUUUAUAACUUCACCCGUGCUUUGGGCAGUGCUCGGCCUGAUAGCCACGCACAGACCCGCAUUGUGCUACUCAUCAGUGCUGCUUCGUGCGCUUUGCGCAACUUGCUUGCAUCAUUGGCGUGGCAAGAAUGUAAACAAAUUCCAGCCCACAGCACCCAACGACGAGCUUAUGCUGUGCACCAAGAAACUGCUGCAAUUGCUGGCAAUGAGUCAGCUUAUACCGCCACCGCUGUCUAACCUGCACACGAUAAUUGAUCACUUUGAAGCGCCAGAGAUUGCACUGCUUCUGCGCGAGUGCAUUUGGAAUUAUUUAAAGGAUCAUGUGCCCUCGCCCGCGCUCUUUCAUGUGGACAACAAUGGUCUGCACUGGCGCAACACGAGCCAGGCCAAAGUGGCACCGCAAUAUGUGGACACACUACGUCAACUGAUGCAAAAGAAACUUGACAAGCUGGGCCCUCACUAUCAUCAGAUGUUCAUCAUGAGCGAUUUGCAUUCGAUUUCAACUCACGCGGCAAUAACAGAGCAUCCGGCAACAAUACCAAAAUCCAACAUGGAAGUCGUAGAAUUGGAAUAAUAUUGUUAGUUAGCUAGCGUUAAAUUUAAAGUAUGAGCUUAAUUGAAUUAUGGAUGAAGAAAAUAGAAGUUUGUGUGGCACAUUUGAGCAUAUAUGACAUUGACCUGUCCAAUAUAUAUUCGUGCACUUCCACAAAGAAAAUAAUAUUUCAUAUUAUAUAUAUGUCCUGAAAAUUAGUUAUUCUCAACUCAUUGGUGGAAAUACAAUGCUUACUUUCAAAAACAGAUAUCCGGACACAUGCCAAAAGCUUAAAGCACCGCACAAUUACAAUUCGAAUUACAAAGUUUAAUCAAAACACUUCCAUUGAAAUUAACAAAUACCCCUCUUUUGGGGAGUUAAAAUUAACUAAACUCUAGUACAUAUAAGUGAGCCAAGUUAAACUAAGUCGUUUCUUCCCUAUUUGCGAAAUUUUCGGCUUUGCGACUAAGCGAAUGGUAAAGUAAAAAAAGGUGAA